UAACUGUCAAUGUCAAGUGUCAUUUCACUUUUCAAUUUUCAUUCAUUUUACUUCCUGUGAUUAUUCAAUACCUGCUUGAGAAUUUUCUUUAAGAUUUCCACUAAUAAAUAAUGGCAGUGAGGCUAUUGUCUAAAAUUCGGCUUGUGCCCGAGUUGAGAGGUGCGACGUAUAGCUCAUCUGCCGCGCCUGCCCAGCUCUCUGAUUUUGACGCGCAACAUAAAACUCCUGUAAUUCGGAAGCAGAAACUCAUUCCUGUCGCCCAGUAUGGAGGUCGUCAUGCUGUUACCAUGUUACCUGGUGGAGGAAUCGGUCCAGAAGUUAUGGGCUAUGUCAGAGACAUUUUCAAAUAUAUUGGAGCACCAGUGGACUUUGAGGUUGUAGACAUUGACCCUACAGUAGACAAUGAUGAGGAUGUGCAGUACGCUAUUACUACAAUCAAGAGGAAUGGGGUUGGACUCAAGGGCAACAUAGAAACAAAAAGUGAAGCAGCAUAUGUGACAUCACGCAAUGUAGCCCUGCGUAAUGAGCUGGACAUGUACGCGUAUGUACUCAACUGCAAGUCCUUCCCUGGCAUCCCCACGAGGCAUAAGGACAUUGAUGUGGUUAUUAUCAGACAAAACACAGAAGGUGAAUAUGCCAUGUUGGAGCAUGAAUCUGUCUAUGGUGUUAUCGAGUCUAUGAAAGUAGUAACUGCCACAAACUCCGAAAGAGUUUGUAGGUUCGCGUUCGAGUUUGCCAAGAGGAAUGGAAGGAAGAAGGUGACCACAGUCCACAAAGCCAACAUAAUGAAAUUAUCUGAUGGUUUGUUCUUGGAAACUUCUCGACGCAUCGCCAGAGACGAGUACCCAGAGAUUGAGCACAACGACAUGAUUAUUGACAACUGUUGUAUGCAGCUGGUUGCCAAGCCCCACCAAUUCGACGUGAUGCUAAUGACCAACCUGUACGGCUCGAUCGUGUCCAACGUAGUGUGCGGUCUGCUGGGCGGCGCCGGUCUGCUCUCCGGCAGGAACUACGGCGACCACUACGCGGUCUUCGAGCCUGGCACCAGGAACACUGGUACAGCCAUCGCGGGCAAGAAUAUCGCGAACCCUAUAGCGAUGAUCAACGCAUCGGUGGACAUGUUGGAACACCUGGGCCACCACUACCACGCCGACCUCAUCCGACGAGCCGUCGCCAAAACCAUCAAUGUUGACAGGGUGCUGACUCCAGAUGUGGGCGGCACCGCGUCAUCCACCGACGUCGUGACCAACAUCAUGGAACGUGUUGUACGCGUAUCAGAGUCAACUUCAUUUUGGCGUGGUUAAUAAAAUAUGGGCAAUAUGGCAAGAGAAAAUGACGACGCCGCUGUUGUUUUUGGCAAAUCCUUUAUUCCUUAUUGUUGAUAUCAAUAUAAAGUCGCACAGUAACUUUAUUUUAGCUAAUAUUAGCUGAUGCCCGUGACUUUGUCCGCGUUCGGGAAAAAGUUAAUCCUAUGUUACGCUCGUGUUUAAUUAUAACAUGCAAACUAGCCAAACCAUUGCCCCGCUGCGGCGUGAUUGAAAGAUAAACCAACAAACAAACACACUUUCGCAUUUAUAAUAUGGGUAGGUAGUGUUUCUCUCACUAUCGUAGGGUGUGUAUUAAUAAAAAGUAAGUAGAAUAAUAUAAUUACGUAAAUAGCAUGAAAAUAAGAUUAGGUACAAAUAAAUUUAUGUUUCUCAGAUAA